AUGGCAUUCAAAGCUCUCUUGUUUGUCUGCGCCCAGGCACUUCUAGCUCAGUGCGUCUUCGGUCAACUUGGAUAUACCACCCUGCUUUCUUCUCCAAUGCCUACAGUCACCGGCAAUUCUGUUGUAGAAAACAAUGUCGUGGUGAACAGUGGUGCCAAUAAUAUCAACAACCUCGGACUGGCUUCCAGUGGACUUGCUUCAAGUGGACUCGCCCUUGGAGCUGUAAACAGCGGUGCAGUACUUAACACUGUUGCAAAUCCUAACUACAUCAACGUCGCUUCUAUAUCUGGUGGAGGCGUUCUCCCUGUAACUUCUUACAGUCCCAUUGCGCCUAGUGGUCUGACUGUUCUUUCAGAUAAUGUAAUUGAAGGAGCUUUAUUGGUCAGUGGUGAAUUGCCAUUCCUAAGUGCAGUCGCUUUCGAAGGAGGUCUUGCCACGGCUGGUUCUGGAGCAGCUUCUUGCGGUUGUGGCGAUGGGAGCAUAGGAAUUGUAAGUGAGAAUGUGGGAUCUGGUCUUGGUCUUGGAGGUUUAGGAGGUCUCGCUGGUGUCAGCAAUCUUGGUGGCCUCAGAGGUCUUGGCAGAGGUGGCCUUGUUUUGUAA